AUACGGACAUCCGGCCGAAUCCAAACGGCCGACGGCUAUAUAGGCCGACAGUCAGAUAGCCGAAACUAUUUUAGCCGACAAGGUCAAAAGGCCGACACUACGAAAAGCCGACACUAAAAUAAAUUAAGUAUAAGCUAUACAUUUUCAAUUCGAUAACGUAGUGUUGUCUUUUGUUGUAAUAAUGUUAUCGAUAACUUAUCGAAAUUUAACGAUACCUAAUACCUAUAGCCUGUAAUCUACAGUGGGUAUUGCUAUUGCAUGUUCAUAAAUACUGUUUCAGUUGAUUCGUAACCACGCCGCGUCUUUGCAUUCAUUUUUGUGUCGUUGUUUAAUUUAAUUUAUGUAUUUGCAUUAAAUAAUUAUGGAAUAUAAAAUUGAAAUUUUUGGUACAAAAUUAUUAAUUGACAAUUUUAUCAUGAUUAAAAACAAAAACCGUAACAAUAAAUAUUAUUGGGAAUGUGAAAAGAGGAAACAUACUAAACGGCAUAAUAGUAAUAAUGAAUAUUGUAAUGCAAGAGCAGUAACAAUUCUUGUUGAUGGUAAUCAUAUUGUUAAAGAUAAUUCUUUUUUAAAUCACAACCAUGGGCCUGACCCAUGCCGAUUGUUGGUAAAGAAAAACAUAAAAUAUAUUGUUUCAAAAGCUCUGUCUUCGAGAGAUAAACCUUCGCAAAUAAUACAGGAAGCAACGAGUCGCAUCCCCGUCAAUUCUCAGCCAUACAUGCCAUCAGUUGAAGCAACGCGAAAAAUUAUUUCACGGUGUAGAAAACAUCAGAAUCCACCAGAACCAACAAGUCUUUCACAAAUAGAUAUUCCUCUUAACUUAUGUAAGUCUUUUAAUGGUCAAACAUUUUUACUAAAAGAAAGUACUAUUGAGAGUCACAAAAUAUAUAUUUUUUCUACUAAAGAUGAAAUAUCAAAACUUGUCAAUGCCAAUUAUUGGGUUAUGGAUGGUACAUUUAAAACUGUGCCAAGUAUAUUUUUACAAAUGUACACCAUACAUGCACCUGUUGGUGGAAAUAAUUCUAGAAUUUUGCCAUUAGUAUAUGUUUUAAUGACCAGUAAACAACAAUGUUGUUACGAACGUUUAUUCGAAGACCUAAUAUCAAUUUGUGAUGAUUUCGGUUUCGAUGUUUCACCAAAAUGUAUUAUAACAGAUUUCGAAAAAGCUGCAAUUAAUGCAGCUAAUAAAGUAUUUCCAGAAUGCCAACAAAAAGGGUGUUUUUUUCAUUUAGGCCAAAAUAUUUGGCGAAAAAUCCAGUCUAGUGGAUUGGCUACUAAAUAUGGAGAAAAUGAAGAAUUUAGUUUACAACUUCGAUGUAUGUGGUCACUUGCAUUUUUACACCCAUCAGAUAUACCUAAUGCUUUUGAUCAAUUGAAAGAUUCAUUACCCUAUGACAUUCAAAAUUACUUUGAAGAAAAUUACGUGCAUGGAAAAGUACGAAGGAAAUUUAGAAAUGGAAUAGUAUCUCGAUAUGAGCCAUUGUUUCCACCAUCAUUUUGGUCAAUACAUUUCAAUCAUGAAAACAAUAUUCCAAGGACACAAAACAAAGUCGAAGCAUGGCACAAAAGAUGGAAAGUAUUAGUAGGAGCUGAUCACGUUGGGGUGUAUCGUAUAAUUGAGGAAAUGAGAAAAGAGCAACAACACGUUGUGGGGCAAAUUCAAAUUAUUUUAUCCGGACAAGCAAGGCCAAAACAAAGUUCAAAGUACGUAAAACGUCAAAACCAAAUUCAAACUAUUCUAAAUGAUAAAGAAAACAGAACAACCCUCGAGACAAUAAGAGGUAUUGCAUACAAUUUGCACUAUUAAUUUUUAUUUAUUAACAUUUAACUAUAUAACAUAAUUAUCAAUUAUAAUUUUAUAAACUAUUAGUAUUUUUUAUUUUUUAUGUAUAAAUAUCAAAUUUUUUAAUUUUUAAAACAUAUUAGGAAUAUAAAAUGUACUCAAUAAUAAUUUAUUAGUAUUUUUUAUUUUUAUGUAUAAAUAUCAAAUUUUUUAAUUUUUAAAACAUAUUAGGAAUAUAAAAUGUACUUAUAAUUAUUAACAAUACACUAAAUUUUAUUUUUAAGAAUAAGUAUCACCUAUAUAUAUAUAUCUGUGUGUGUGCAUAAUUUACCUAUCUCAACAUAAAAUUACUUAAUCGGCCAUUUAAUAUGUCGGCCUAAUGCGUGUCGGCCUAUAAAUUUGUCGGCCAUUUAGUAUGUCGGCCUAUUGCGUGUCAGCCAAAUGUCUGUCGACCAAAUGUCUGUCGGCCGAUUGUA